AUGGAGGGUCUGAUCCCUAUAGUGUGCAAGGUGAUCAAGCGAAGCAAUGGUCGGAGACGCUACAGGUGUCUCUCGUCAGGAGCCGUGGCGCAACCUCGCAACCAACCUGAUUUCAAUCCUGAUGUCGUCCUUGGAGACGAUCCUCAUGGCUAUAUGACGCCUCAGUAUCACGUCAAGGAGAGAAAUGGUGGCCCCUGUCGGUUCAAGUCGUACGAGUGCUCUCCAGCUUCUUUGGAGGAAUACGAGGGAAAGAAUAAGGAUGAUGAUGGCGUUUUUCGUGGACAACCUCAAAGUUCAAAGCAAAAGCUCGUCCAGUUUAGGAGCCAACAACACAGGACGUUCUCUUGCCUGACUGGUGGUUUCUCACAGUAG